AUGGAAGGACAUAUUGAAUGGUUUCGCGAUCAAGUGAUUUUCCUGACUGGGGGUACAGGAAAUCUAGGCGUGUGUCUUCUAUACAAGCUCACACUGCAUUUACCCACGAAAAAGAUCUUCGUGCUUUGUCGUGGCUCCGUGCAGCGUGCACUCGACAAGCUAGAGGCAGCAAUGGCGGAACAAUUUGACGAUGUCCUAGACUCCCAUCGCGUCCAAUUCAUGGUGGGAGAUACCUCCAAACCUAGUCUCGGGUUAAAGCCUUCAGAUCUGCGACAACUCCAAGAUGAGGUUACCGUGGUAAUUAAUGCAGCGGCAGACAUUUCGCUGCAACAACCACUUCAUCUCAGCAUCCAGACAAAUUGCAUAGCCCAUCUAGAGCUACUUACACUAAUUUGCGGAUUCAGUCGUCUAAAAUCGUUCCUCCACGUAUCAUCCACAUCAGUGAACAGCUUUCUUCCUGACGGUAUUAUUGAGGAACGUAUUUACCCCCUGUGUGAGGAAGAUCCAGACCCAGAAAAGGUUCUGUCACAUAUCCUCCACGCUGGACAAUCAGCAUACACGGAGAACUUUGUCGCACCCUACGCUUUAUGCAAAUAUCUCGCCGAGAGAUUAAUUCUAAAGCAAGAUAACCUCCCCUUCAACAUACUCAUCGUGCGACCAUCCCUCAUUGGGCCAGCCAUCCGCGACCCAUAUCCAUAUUAUGGGAACGAUGAAGGCAUGCCCUUACAUUCUGCGAUCUACAACUUGGCAACAGACCCAGAUUAUGGGUUAGAUGAGCUUGGAAAGGGAAUCAACCUGGACGCUGUGUUUGACGAAAUUCCUGUCGACCUGGUCGCCAACACUUGUCUAGCUCAUUUAGCCGCUGGUUCAAUAGGAAUUGUUCAGGCUGCUGGGAGUCUCUAUGCGGCAUCAACUACUGGUGAAAUUACUAACACCAUGAUUGAAUCCGUGGCGCCCAUGGCGAUCGAAAAGCUUCGUCGUGGAGAGAUACGCCAGAGUCAGAAUCUGGCUCCAAUGUUUUAUCAAGUCCUUGAGAGGUAUAUGCGCACCUGGGAUAUUCGCUGUGGUCGAUCGGAGCAUCUGAAGGAGCAUACGGGUGUCUUGGGGCUUAGCCUUGAUGGGCAUGACGCAAAGGCGUUCAUGAAGCAUCGCUGGCAGAAUGUGACCAAUUUGGUGUUCGGCUUGUCUUCAACCUAG